AUGGGCAUUUCAGGAGGAAGGGCUGGGGAGAGGCUUAUUAUAAGAUCUGGGCUCAGACUGAAUGAUGGGCAGGGAGGAACCAGGGAAAACGAGGGCUAUUCUGGAUUGCAUGUGAACACGAAGUGGGGCCCAUUUAGUAAGUUAUAUCUCAGCCAUCUCCCAGGCAGGAGGAAAGAAGCAGGGCUGAGGAUGUCAUCUACAAGGCAAUCACUAAAAGGCAGUCACUUUGUUUAUGGCAUGGCCUGGGGAGAAACACUGCGUUCUGUGUUGCCAUGGGGCAACACCCCCCUUGCCAUGGGGCUUGCCUGA